AUGGCCAUCGUUCAAUCUUCACUCGCUCUUCUGCUCGUAGUAGCUGCUGCUUCCAGCGGUCUCACCGAGGCUGCCAACCUCCGCCGGCGCAACCUUGGCGGCACCACCAUCGCCACCAACGUCAAAACUUACGCGGCCUACGAUGACUACGCUCCGGCCAUGCUAGCCGCCGUCAACAAGCAGCGCGCCACCAAGGGUCUGUCGCCUCUGUGCCUCAACAAGAAGCUGCACACCGCUGCUCAGCGUCACUCGGAUGACAUGGCUAUCAAGGACUACAUGGCCCACGACGGCUCGGACGGCUCGUCCAUAACGUGGCUGCCGGUCAGGUGGAUGUGGACGCCGUGA